GAAGUCUUGAGAAGGUCUGUGGGAUCAUUUGACUCAUACUCGUGAAAGUGAUCUCUGGAUUUAUCAGUGGAUAAAGAGAGAUGAAAAGUGGGAAUAUGGCGAACAUGGGAUGUUCGGUGACUGUGCGGCGAGUUGGGGUUGUGUUACUUAUCCUAUGGCUGGGAACAUUGAUAUAUCUGUGGGGUGUCCGCUGGUCGAAAAGAAAUACGGUCACUGAUAAAGAUAUUGCUGCAGAGGUUGCUCAUGCAGACUUUGCUCUGCGCUUUAAGGCUGUGCAAAAUGCGACAACGGGGUCAGAGCUGGUGCAUGUGGUAGUUGCUUCUGACGAGAACACAGUAGGAGGCAUGAUUGCUUUGAUUCAUAGCAUCCAGAGGAAUUCCAAACAUCAAGUCAUCUUUCACCUGAUCACAAGCAAGGCUAAUGUGGACCAUGUUAAAUCCUGGAUUGAUGGCACAGAAUUAAAGCGGAUCAUCUACAAUGUGAUAGAAUUUCCCUCAGAAUGGGUGGAGGGAAAAAUUAAAAUAAGAGGAGGCAGGGUUGAACUUGCAAGCCCACUGAACUAUGCCAGAUUUUACCUCCCUAGACUGCUGCCAAAUGUUAAGGGGCGGAUUGUAUAUAUAGAUGAUGACUGUAUUGUGCAAGGUGAUAUUUAUGAGCUGUUCACAAUGAAGCUAAAACCUGGACACAUAGCAGCAUUCUCCGAUGACUGUCACUCAGGGGCUAAGCGGGUGACAGGCAUGCAGAAUAAAUUUAUCGACUACAUAGAUUUCAAAAACGAGCACGUGAAAAAUAUGAAGAUAGCUCCUUCCACGUGUUCAUUUAACACAGGAGUUUUUGUCACAGACCUCAGCCUUUGGGGAAAACAUAAUAUCACAAGCCAGCUGGAAUACUGGCUCUCUCUUAAUGUUAAGGAGGAGGUUUAUGGCAAUGAGCGGGGUGGGGGUGGCUCCCAGCCUCCAAUGAUGCUUGUCUUCCAUGACAAAUACUCUAAGAUUGACCCCAGUUGGCAUGUCAGAUAUUUAGGAUGGACAGCUGGUACAAGCUAUUCUGCUAAAUUCAUCGAAUCUGCCAAGUUGCUUCACUGGAAUGGUCGAUUUAAACCGUGGGGUAGAGCAUCUCAGCACACUAAAGUCUGGGACAGGUAUUUCAUUAAAGAUCCUCAGAAAAAGUUCCUACCUGUGAGAAGAUCGAAUUAGACACAUUUGCAUAGAUGUCACACAAGAUAAUACAACGAAGGAGACAGGAAGUGUGGUUUGGAUAUCAGCAAGGAUAAGGUAGCUGGUAUGCAAGAUAAAGACAUAAUGAUAAUCUAAGCUUUAAUGUUCAGCCGUUUUGGUGGUGUUAAUUUCAGGAAAGAUGCUGUAUUAUGUAUUCAUGCCCAUGUUUUCCCUGACACAGCACAUGUGCUGCUCUCUAUACUCGCUUUACAUCACUGCCACCACUAGACAAGCUUGACCUUUGAGGCCUGUGCAAUGUGUGUGGGUUUCUUUUGGCUUGGCCCCAUCACUAACGUCCCUCCGCUGACCUAUAUUCAGCAUUUUUGGGUGCGUUCUGUAGAUGAAGAGAAUGCGUGUGUCUCAAGUAUAAAUAUGGCAAAGGUUCAGGCAGAGCGUUUGUGUUUUCUGAAAUCACUUCCUGUCUCACCACCAUGACCCCAGUGACCUUGGCAUUGUUGUUGUACGAAAUUUGCUAGUGGUGGCAGUAAUGUAAAGAGCAGUGCAAGCACUGUAAGGAGUAUGGUUUGUCCUUUGUAAUCAUCCCCACUUCAUCUGGAGGCAAAUG